CUUCCUCAGAAAACAACACCACGUGUGCGGGGAAAUGAAUGGGUAGCUGUUAGCGCUGUCCACAUGUACGUGUAAAGGUAUUCAAUAGCGAGUUUACCGGUCAUCGAUAAUAGACUAUACGAGUUUGAACCCCGUGUCCGAAGACCUCCACCAUCUUAGAAGGUACGUUGAACGUCACCAACGGUUCAAUCACUGAUUCAGCCUGACGGUUACGGUUGCUAACGACAGUGUGCUAGCGAGUUAGCAAGUCAGGCCAUUUAAUGUGAAAGCUUGGACUGACUUACAGCCAUUCUGCACUGUGACUUUUACACAUAUAUAUUAGGGUGCAAAUCAUAAGAAAGACUUCGAGUCAGUAUUCUUCGUUAAGGUUAGCUACCGACCGUUAGAACUGCUGAAUAAACGCUAAACUAUGUGAAAACAGUGCUACUGCUAUUACUGAGUUAGUUAAGGUUAAACUAACUCAAACGUUUGUGUUAAACCUUACUUUAACCUGGGUUUAACUUGGCACGAAACCCAAACCAGAGAUUUGCCUGUAAGCUAACUUCUGUGACACUUAAAACAGGAACAUUACCUGGUUUCAAACAGUCUAUAGGCUCUAAACUUCGACAUAAAACCAACUCUUCUUGAAAAAAAAACACAAAUGUGGCGUUAAAUUACUACAUUUAUCAUUUAUCGAAUUAACUUACAUCUUAUCGAUGUUGUCCGACAUAUUUACGUCCGUUUGGAGAGCAAAAAAAAAGAGCUAAAAAUCAAAAACCGUCUCCGUCUGUAGAAAGUAAAGCUGUUGGAUGAAUCGACCGUUGCUCCUCGGUUUUAAAUACGCCGGCCUGUGCGCGAGACAGUAGUCAAAAGAACCGCGGAAAUUAGGUUACCAUGGGAACCAAAUUGCUAGCAUCCAAUAGCUAAUGCGGAGUUAGCUUAAGUUAGCUGUAUCUAAACUCGUCCGUUUUAUGAAAUGGAGCUGUCUAGUUAAAUUUUACACUCGAAAGUUGGUAUAAAAACAACUGACCUCGCAAAACUGCAUUAUUUCAUCAAAACAAAUGUAAGGGUAGCGGGGUAAAGUCAAAAUUUUUUGGUGAAAAAAGUCAAUGCACAAAGUUACAGAUUUUUUUUUUCUUUUGCUUGGCUUAUUUAGCUUCUAUGUCUUUUUCUUACUGAUCCAAAGCGUUCACUACAUGUAUGUUCAAAAUUUCCAAACCAAAGAUGCUACAGACUAGCUUUUAUGUGCUGCCGUCUUUUCUGUUUUCUCUUUUACCUCUAUCUUAUUUCGACUUACUGUCCUUUUAGCCUUUGUUUUCCUUAUAAUCUUUUCUUAUUUAAACUUUAAGGCCUUUUAUUGACUUUAUUGUUUUUUCCUGCUCAUUUUUGUUAUUCAGUUUUAUCAUUAACAUUUCCAUCAUUAUUAAUAUCGUCUUUUUAUAUUUACUAUCCUGUUUCCUGCUUUCUUUUAAUUACAUUUCUUUUUCUUACCUAUUUUAUUUUUUUAUUUUGGUCUUCAUGGUCUCAUUUUAUGUUGUAGGGUUCUUGUAUUGCCUGGGUUUGCUAUGACAAAUAAAAUUGGCCUUCAACUGGAGGCCUUGUUUUGUUUUUUAUUUGUUUUUAUUUCCAUAUGUUGACGUUCUGUGCUUUACGACUGUUUGUCAAAGCACUUUGUAAACUUGUGUUUCUAAAAGUGCUAUAAAAAUGAAGUUGAGCUUACUGUUGUCUAUUAUAACAAAAGCAUUCAUUAGUUCUCUGACUAUAUCUCUUUCCUCCUUGUCAUAUAGUUCUAGUGCUUGCUAUGAGUUUUGUAGAGUACUCAGACUGCAUCCAGGAUGGAGAUGUUGCCAUCAUCUAUCUGAGCCAUGACUCCAUGAUGCCAGUCAAGGUGCAGCAGGGCGCCCAAACACAGACACGCUAUGGGGUCAUUCGUCACUCAUCAGACCUCAUUGGACAGCGUUAUGGGUCAAAAGUCACCUGCAGUAAAGGUGGCUGGGUCCACGUGCUUCACCCCACGCCAGAGCUGUGGACAGUUUCCCUGCCACACCGUACACAGAUCCUCUACACAACUGACAUCGCCACCAUAACAAUGAUGCUGGAGCUAAAGCCUGGAUCUGUCGUCUGCGAGUCAGGUGAGAGUUACCUCACACACUAACUACACUUUACUUUUAAAACAGUGGUACAAUUAGAUUCAUGGUUGACAAGACAUUUCUCCACAAGCAGUGUAUUUCCACAUGAGAGGUACUGAAAGACAUGUCAGGUGCUCCAGGUUAACAGACACAUGGGCAGAGAGUAACAAGAGAUCCCCUAAAUUAUUGAUAACAGAUGGUGAGACUACAUGAUUAAAAAAGAGACAAAAAUGAAAAACUGCAUUGCGAUUAAACUUUGCUGAAAUAUACUUGGGCAGGCUGUCCAGGUAUUGUCUAUGUGUAGAAAUGACCGAAGUUAGUUGGAAAAUAUUGGAAUUUGUGCACUGAAUCACCAUAAAAUGAAUCAGAAUUUCCAGUUUGACCUUGUUCCUGUGUUAGCCUCAGUAAUUAAAAUAACAUGCAUGAACACAUGAACCAGAUACUGAUAGAAAAUAGCAGAAAAAAAGCAAAAUACAGCUAGAGUAAUCUCAAAUGAAGCCCAGUUCCUACAAGAAACUGAUCAAGUUUAUGUUUUAAAGAUACUAUUGAGUUCAAAAUUGUUCAAAUAAUGCAGUAGAGGAAGCUCAAAAUCCUCGAUUCAUGAAGUCUUGGGUCUGUGAUGACUUUUAAAGCUGUGCUGUCAGCACCAGUUUGCAUGUAGGCAGUCGUAAAGAUCAACACAGAGAGAUUAUCUUCAUAACAGCCCACAGUGAGUUUACAUAUAUGAUCUGUGGAAAAGAACAUCAGCAGAACGAAAGAGCCUCCCCUACAUGUUAUAUGAAUGCCUUUCUUUGUGGGUUGUAGAACAGCGUUAUUUUGAUAAAUGUAAAUCACCCGACUGCUUCAUUUUAUUUUUCUAUCCAGCGAUUAGUUCCACCGAAUGCUAUUGAUAUUACACAUAAUGACACAGAUGAUUUCUGAAGAAUGGUUCAACAUAGAGUUUUUCCAGUACUUGUCUGUUAUUGUUUCCUCCUCCUGGCUCAAGCAUAGACCCCUCUUGAACACUCGAACCUCCAUUUUUCAGUUUUCACCUGUUUAAAUGCAGUCCCUCUCAGUGUGUCGGUGGGAUUUGUGAAAGCUAGCUGGUUGCAGUUUCCUCCGGUCCAAGGGCAGGGAGGGGGGGAUGGGAGAGGAUGCUGAAGCGUGUGUGUUGCAGUGCUUCAUCAUGUUUUACAGCUGGCGGCCCUGCCCAUGUCAGUGUAUUGAUUGUACCCUGUGAAAAUGGUGUCUCUGUGUGAGUGUGUGCAUGCGCAAAGAGAGAUUGGAGGGGUCUCUUGGGUGAUGAACGAGGUCUGUUGGAAAUCUGUACAGUCAGCACACACUCAGGAAGUAUGGCGAGGGCUGCGCUAUCUGCAUUGCGAUCACAUUACGCUGCCUUUUUUCGUAAAGAUUGAACACUCUGCGUCUGCAUGUUUGCAUUACAUUAAAACAGUCUGAUUUAUCGAAUAAAAACAGCUGGAGGUCCUAUUGUUUUAACUUUAAGAGAAAUGAUGAUCUCAGUGUAUUAAACAGCAGGUUUAUUGGAUUAUUUUGAUGUAUUGCAACAUUUUAUUUGCUGCACACAGCCCUUGAGUACGAUUAUAUCUGGAUAUGGGGCUAAUCAGCAUUCAUACGACACAAUGGUGACUCAUAAUGUCCGCCUGAUAGUCUUUAACCAGUAUGUCCUGUCCUACACAGGGGAGAUAUCUUCAUCAGCGAGCUGUAUAAACAUGAAGGGAUAAGAGGUGAUAAUUUUGUUGCCUGUUUUCAUCACAUAACAAGCACUUGAUCAUGUGGCAGCGUCACCUCGGGGUUAGAUCGUUCUGGAAAUGUGUGUUUUAUUUUUUGUCUUCCUGUCCCCAGCAGGUUAAAAUACCAGUGCGCUCGGUAAAUGCUCUCUGUAGCUCAGGGGCUUGUGAGUCGGCGCACUGAGCCUUAAAAAGAUGGUAAGUUCAGUUAGCCAGAGGGUGCCGAGGUAGCAGAGGAGAGACCACUAAUCAAAGACAAAACACCGCUUCUGACUUGUUUUUGCUUUUCGAUGAAUCAGACCUUUAUCCUCUGAAGAAGUCGACUUUGUAUUGACUCAGGCAGGGUCUAUAUUUUGCAGCAAAGCAACUGAAUUGAACUUUAGCAGCACCCUUAACCAUAUUUCAAUGAUUUUAGUGUAAAGUUAUCUAAAAAUACAACUUGUCUUGCAUUACAUUAUUUAAAAUCAUCAUUUUGAAACCAUGACUGGAUGGAUUUUACUAGAACAAAUUGUUCCCUAGCUCACCCCUCUCAUUGUUGAAGGGAUGGUAGCCUUCAAGGACAAUAAGCUCCAAGAUAAAUACGAUGGUCUGUUUCCCUAGUUUUCCCAAGGCUUUUAAGAAACAACCAGCUACUCAUUAAAAAUGUAUGUGGUACCAGUUUGUCUACUCUGUGCUUCAUUAGAAGUAGGCAGUGCAAGAUGGCAGCCUACAUGUAGAUAAAUGAAGCUUAUGUAAACAUGACUCUCGAUUUACUGGUCGAUCUACGUGCCGACCCCUCACCUAUGGUCAUGGACUUUGGGUAAUGACCGAAAGAACAAGAUUGCGGAUACAAGCGGCCAAAAUGGGUUGACUCCGCAGGGCCCAGCCUUAGAGAGAGCGUAUGGAGCUCAGACACUCGGGAGGCGCUCAGAGUAGAACCGCUGCUUCGGACAUGUCCCACCGGGAGGAGACCUCGUGGCCGGCCCAGGACCAGGUGGAGGGAUUAUAUCUCUCGCCUGGCCUGGGACAGCUGGGAAUCCCGCCGGAGGAGCUGGUGGAAGUGGCCAGGGUGACGAUAAAAUUUAAACAUACUUAAUUCCCUUUCUACCAAGUUUGUUCUGCUAAAUGCUGCUAAAAACUACACACUGUACCUUUAAGGAAAGAUUGUAUACUCUCUAAACCUUAAGGUUAGCACCCCCUUGCGAACAUCAUCAUCUCUUCAUAUUGUCAUAGUAAUCCAUUUAGCAGAUGUUGAGAAAACCAGUCACCACAGUCACCUUGGCAUGGCUUAAAAUAACACUAUAUUAGUACCACUAUUGGUGCACACACUGUUGUGUUAUCCGCACCAUUUCAUCAAAUAAAGAAGUGAUACCUCGCAGUAUAUCUUCAGGGUUUGACAGACAGGAAAUGAAUCUCUGACCCUUUAGACGAGUGACAGUGAAGGAUUUCGAGCUGCUUCAGGGCCGCAUGACCAACCAGCUCUUUAUCAAGGACAGAAACACACUGACGCCUCUCACUGCAUCGUCCAUCUACUCACUAUGCACCAUGUUACACAAACGAUGAUGAAGUUUUUCUGUUAAUGAGCGAUGAUGUGAAUGUGUGAGUCGUAUUCGUCUCUAAUCUGCCUCCAGAACAAGACGUGAAGUUAGUGGGAAGCUUCAGUGUGAGAGCGCUGAGCUACAAGAGGAUGUAAACGUGGUGGGGGAGGGGGCUGUUGACCUGAAAUGCAGGUCAACUGUGGCUUGUGUUCCGCAUUUACUGUCAAACGCUGCAUGGUGGCCGGCUGUAUGAGAAAGGAAAACCAGAGCAGAGGUUAACAGACGGAGUUUUCUCAGUGGACGAUUUAAGAAAGUGAAAGUAAACGCUCUGUAGGUUUGACAGUUUUGUGAAUUCAUAAUCCCCAGAUAAGGAGAUGCUGUCGAUGUGGCGACACUUGAAGGGUUGACUGAUGAAUAAACUGAGAACAAGCUUUUGUACAAACUGCUGUCAUUCCCUCAGCUAACUUUUGCAGAUUAGGGUUGAAGGACUCAAAUUCCACAGCUGCUCCGACCUGGUGUCCAACAUGACAUUUUUAUCUCUGGAAAGAGUUUGUCAGAGAUUUUUUUCCUCCUUUUGUCACCGUGCCCUCUGAUUGUUGCGGGUUUGACUAGUCUUCAGAGUAGUUUUUGCCUGUUGAGCGUUGUCUUUCUUGGAUGGCGUCAUGUGAUAUUUGUAAAAGAUUAUCCCUGAUUUUAGAAAGUUUGGAUGAUAACUCCAGGCUGCUGCUGCUGUUAUCAUGUGUUCCUUCCUCUCUAAAUCAGAUUCUGUAAGCCUGUCUUGCAUCAAACCACAUCCAGCGAAGGGGUGGUAAGUCAUGUGUUGGCCUUUCUUUAACCUAAGCCUGACUGUUUAGAGGCGGUCCCUGUUUGGAGGGGAGUUGUUUGGCUUUGGGUGUUUUUAUCUCAUGCACUCGAGCUUGUAAAUUUUCCUCCUGUUGCAGAAUCACUCAGAUCGGAAAAUCUGCCUCCUGAUACCUCAGCUUAUGAAUUCAAAAGCUGAUUUAAGAACAAAGUUUAAAUGUUUUUGCUCCGUGGCCAUACUUCACUCCGUAUUUACGAGUUUCUGACAUGAUUUUGAGUGUAUUUCAUGGAUUUUUCCACCUUGUGCUCCAGGGUAAAGAGUGUGGAUACUGAACCCGUCAGCAGCCUGGCAUAAAGCCCAAGUCCAGAGUCGGUUCUCUGCUGAUUGAUCGCCUGUUUAUGCAGAUCGAGUUUGGAAGUGUUUCAGUUCGGAGCUCUCAAAUCACUCUGUUUGAGCCACACAGCCAUUUAAUCUCAACAUAAACUUCAGAGAUGAGAGUUGGUGUGUUGAGGAGUUAUAACAGUCAGACAAAUGCAAGGCAGCAGUUAUUUGAGCAGUUCUGUUGGAGUCUACGUCCAUUUCAGUUCAGAGGUUAUACUUGGCACAGCUGACCACUCCUAAAUAAAGAAAACCUUCGAUCUUUUUGGACAAAGUUUCUCUGGAUAAAGAGACAUUUUCCAUGAGCGCCAAUAACCGCUGUCCUGGUGAUGUGGCUCUUUUGGCAAAGCGUGCAGUUGUUGCAAAAGCCAGUAGAUGAGAUGGAUUAUCUGUCAACUGAUACGGGUUUUAAUGGUUUAUUCUGAUGCGGAUUGCGGGAGAGCAGGCCAGCUGAUGGCUGUUAUGUAACGCCAACAUCAUGUUGUUGUGUUUUGCAUUUGGAAAAUAAUCACGCCAAUAAAUAGGAAAAAAAUAUUAGAGGGUAAAAUAUUGACUUGCUGAACUUUCUUGAACAUUUUCUUGAAUAAAAAGAAAAAGAAAACUCUUGGAUUAAGAGGAAAAAGGAGAUAUUGUGGUAAAAGGAAGAAAAAACAGGUCAAAAGAGAUUAAUCCACAAAGAGUUACUCCUCUUUCUCAACAGUUUACUCCUCACUGCCAAGCAGACUCAACACAUAAACCCUCCUAGAUAUGAACUAGACUUUUCUUCAUGGAAAUCUGAACACAGGCGCUAAAAGUCAUGAUAAAGUUAUCAGCAAUCUCGCUGCUGAUAGUCUCAGUUCUCUUUUGUAGGUCAGCGAGUACAGUCAGUUCUUCACCCAUUAUGAUAAAAGUCUUUAUCUUAAUGCUAUUCAACAGAAAAUUGUAAUAAUACAUCUCUCUCUGUGUUUCUUGGAUUUCAUUUUGGAGAGUUUGUCUGUUUUUAUAGCUUCAUGUCCACAUCAAUUUGAGUUUAUUACAUUUGUCAAAAUCCAGACAUAGUUCCCGUCUUCCUGUUGUUUCCAGCCAGAAGCCCUCAGACUCAGCAGUGUGAGGUUUUAGCAAGUCAAAGUGCUGCUGGCGGGUAAACAUUGCACUCUUUGUCACCACGCUAACAAAGGCGGCGGUGACGUAAUAUCAGGAGAAGAAGAAGGGGCGAAGGGGGGGCGGAGGCUGGGAUCUGCAGGCAUUGAGCUGCCAGUCACGUGAGCGGGUUUAUUUAUACGUCUUGUAAGCGAACACACACUCCCAUCACUUUCUUUCAAAGUGCACAUCAGCAGGCAUUAAACACAGACCAGCACUGCAGGGUAAAGAGGGCCCACUCGGACAUGUAGCAUCCACUUAUCAGGCUGAGAGGAGAGAGAGAGCGCCAGUGUGGAAAUGUGGGUGUGUCGCAGAAACAGCUGUGCGCUCGACUAAAUCAGGAGGGAGGAAGCUUAGGACGUCAUCUUUUUCGAUAAAACAGCAUGUACAUCUGAGGUUUUAUAGGAUUACGCAGCUCUAUGCUCCUGCUUUAGUCAGAGAAAUGUGGAAUUGGACCAGGUUUUAUAUUUUCGUUAUUCAGGUUAAGCAUCUGAUAGUGAUGUCAGCGAAAUCUGGUUUGCAUGUGAAUCUCUAAUGAAGCAUCAUCUCAUCAAAACUCAGGACACAUGAAAUCUUCCUCAUCAGCAUCAGAAGUCACUGAGUUUUUGAAAGCUGUAGGAUUAAUUUUGGACGAAUCUUACUGCCAUACUAAAUUCACGAGUACAGUACUUCACCAAAUCAUGCAACUGAAGAUUUUAAGCAAUUUUGGAAGUGGAAUCAAACUCAAAUAAUGUGUGUAAAGUCGUUUGUCUUAUUCACAAGUUUUAUAUCUCUACAGCAAUUUUCACCCAGUAUGAAUAGAUAGUUGUAAGGGUGUCUGAGGCCCGAUCAGACAUUUUGGCUUUUUCCUCUUUACCGGCUUGGCGCCUUAUUUUAUUUGAAUGGAAGUCAGGCGAUGGGUGGGAAAUGGGAUGGCGCAUUGAAGCUUGAGAAGUUAAAAUACUCAACCGGAGGAUCCGUCAAAAGACUAUACACGGUCUGGCAGCCAUUUUUAGAUUAUUUCACCACAGAAUUCCCAACUAGAGAUACUGGAACUUAAAUAUGACAUUCUUCUGAAUCUGUGCGACCAUUUCACUUGCAUUUGUGACUAAAAAUAGAUGUGUGCCAAUUCUAAAAUGUAUUUAGGGGCACAUAUGCGCAUAAAAAAAAUUAGCUGAGGCAACAAAUGUUUUUUCAUGUAAAUACCACAGUGAAGUUAGUUUUAGGUUGGAUAUUUGGCGUACAUUCACUGCGGAUCUACCGGUGUCUUCUCACUCUCCAUAACCGGGAAUAGCAACAGCAGCGCGGUUAAAUCUACUCGGCACCCUCGCUGUAAACGUCGGGUGUUGAAUAAGGGACCAUCAAUAAAUGACCGGUCGAUGUCCCUUUCUAUGUUUAUUUCUAUAAUGUAAACCUAGCACCGACAGUAGAGUCCUCCUCGUCUCUCGGUGUGGUGAAAAUUUCCUUUAAACUGUUUUCCCGACUGACUUGUGAGAGCCAGUUAGAGCUGUGCGUGUGAAGUAUGAUUUUAUUCGCUCAUAUUAUGUUCCGGCUGACUGUUAAUCCUCUUCCCGCCAGUAGGAGAGUCACUUUUUACAGUGUUUCCUAGACAAAAGUUGAGGUUUGGCUUUCGCAGGGUCAUGUCCAGCCUUUUUGACUGACUAAGAAAUAUUUAACAUUCACUAAGUAAAGAGAAUUAGAAUUUUUCUUGUUGAGAAUUAGACUUAAACUCUAAGAUCAUCCUCCUCUUUUCUGUCUGUUAGGUACCGGUAGUGGCUCUCUGUCCCACGCCAUCCUGCGCACCAUCGCCCCCACGGGUCACCUGCACACUGUGGAGUUCCACCAACAGCGGGCCGAGAAGGUGGCGGAGGAGUUUAAGGAGCAUCGGGUGGAUCAUCUAGUCACCGUGAGGAACCAGGACGUCUGCAAAGAAGGAUUCGGAGUGACAGGGGUGGCUGACGCUGUCUUUCUGGACAUUCCGAGCCCGUGGGAGGCCGUGGGACACGCCAAGGCUGCGAUGAAGAGACACGGUGAGAGGAACAGGAUUUGAUUUUCUGUGAAUGAGUCUAAAUGAAUCGAGAUAUUUACAUAUUAUAUUUAAUAUUCGAGGUAUAAACAGCAAGACUCUGCAGUAGCUUAAAUUUUAGACCCGAGACUUUCAUGUACCUGUGUUUAAGAACACUGAACCAAAAAGUGGUGCAGUCUCAGGGGAACACUCAGUGUCACCUGCUGCUGACUUUUCUCUGACUCAACCCGACACAGCAGCAACAUGACUGUGACUGCGCACAUUUUAAAAUACCAGCCUGUGAUUUUCACCCCCGCCUCUCUCUCUCUCUCUCUCUCUCUCUCUGCACUCCCUGAACGACCAUCGAUCCGAGGCCGACAGCUCUCAUUAACUUUGCCCUUGUGUGCGUGUGCGUGUGAGUGCUUGUGUGCAUAAAGUUAGCUAUUGAGGCAGAUAGCAUGUUGGUGUUUCUGUGACAACCAGAGGCAGCAUGCCUGGGCAGGUUGGCAAAUCACUCAGACGAACAGGGGAAAAGUAAAGGUUCAUGUAGCAUAGAAAGAGACCCAGCUUUGAGUCACAGUGGGUAUUUACAUUUGAGGGACUGUUAAAACACAGUUAAGUGAUGGCUUUGUGCCCAGAAGAGAAUUUACUUGACAUGUGACGGAUUUUCACACGAAUGUAGCACAAAUUUGGGUAAUUAUUAAGCAAAUCAGAAAAGUAAAGUUUCCUGUUGCUACAGCUCAACUCAACUCAGAUUUAUUUAUGUUGCAAAGUGAAAGUAAAACUUGAAUAGAACAAAAAUUUACUGGCAAAUUUAAAUAAUACUGUAUUUUUGGGCAAUAAGGCGCAUCGGAUCAUAUGGUGCAUUAAGCAUUGGCACAUUGAUUGGUUUAUUGUUGCUAGUGCAUACCCCUAGUGCAGGCUGCUUCACAUGAAUGCGCCUCUAGUUUAGACAUUACAGUCAGGCAGUCUUGUAGACUGCUCAGGGGUCCUGUUACGAGGCUGAUAAGGUAGUGACACAGUGUACCGUAAUGCUCCAAAUAGCCAUAUAGCGAAGCGGCUUUGUUGCUUACAAAGUCGUACUUACACAUUUCGACAGAUUUAUACAGCCGAGUGUCAUCAGCGUAAAAAUUAUGAUUAAUGUGUCGGUGUGCAAAUAUAUUUCCAAGAAAAAGAAGGUACAGUGAAAAUAAAAAAGGCCCAAAAAAGGCACCUCCAAAUCUGAGGACGUGGUUCUCUGCGUAAAAACAGGCAGGGAAUGAGCUUUAACGUCAAGUUAAGGAAUUGAAGUAUCUGAGGGUCUUGUUCAGGCUCCAGGGGUAAACAGGUGUGUAACCCCAGACCCUUAUAGUGAAGAAGGAUCUGAGCCUAAAGACAGUUUUUGAUUUUCUUACUCAUGGUCACAAGCUGUAGGUACUGAUGGUGGAUACAGGAGGCAGAAUUGAGUUUCCUCCACAGGGUAGCUGGACUUAGUCAUAGAGAGAGGGUCUGAAGCAUGGGCAAGAACUUAACCCCAAUUUCCACCGCAUCCGGAAUGGCUGCGAAAAGGCCAUAUCCCCUUAUCACAGCUGAUUGUUUCCAUUCAAGUUAAUGUGUCAAUUUCCACCAUCUUCUUUCUGUUACGCUGUGGUUCAGCAGACUCUGCAGUCAAUCGCAAGAGUUCUAUUUUUUCAAGACGCCACAGCAUCCCAGUCACUACAGGGUAGACCGAUUUGUGGAGAAGUAGGUGUGUUAGUAAAGCAGAGGGAAGGAGCGAGCAUGACAAGAGAUGCCUUAGUAAAUCACUCUUUAUUGAGUAAAUUCAAAUUAUGAUUUAUUGAAUUUAAUCUUCAUGACCUCGGGUUCGACUAGAAAAAUAGUGUUUAUGAUCGUCAGCCCUAUUAAACUCGAUUUUCCUGCAGCACCAUGUUCCAAAGUAAACCUCGGUAUGAAGAGGAGCGCUCCUCUGCCUCCUCCUCUCUGAAUCCCUUUUAUGGUGCCACUGCUACAUUUCAUGAGCUGUUGACCCUCACAUGCACACACACAGAUACACACAAACACACACUAGCACAUACAGAUACUGAUAAAGCGCAGCCAUUGUGGAAGCAGUCUCAUGACCAUACAGGGUUAUGCUGCAGGGAGCGAGACGGUGAAUGUGUCUCCAUAAGGGAACGCUUGAUUUACUUCCCACUGUUCAGGCUUUUCUGUUUUCUCCUGAGCAGCACCGCCCCGAAACACUGCAGAAAGAUGGAAAAACACCCCAAACUCACUUGGGAUAAGACUGAGGUGUCGUGCACUUCAUGGUUAUCAUGCCUUUUUGUUGCUGAACAUUCAUGAAGCAUUUCACCUGACGAGUUUUUUGAGGAAGAGUGGGAACGACAGCAGGCGAGUGGCAUCACCCGCAGCUGAAAUUCAUCACCUUGUCGUUUAUUUUUCUGAGCGUUAGCACCAGACCGGCUCCAGACCUGUUCUCAGGCUCGAGGAGAAGUUGCUGAGAUGUAGUUUACUGUAGCAGGAGCAGUGAAAUAUCUGUUUUUUUUCUACUCUGGGUUGUAAUUCCUCUAAUUUUUUGGCCUGCAGCCCAGCCCUGAAUUUAGCUCCUCUCUGAGAAAUACCCAGGACCCUCGCGGACCUAAUCCUCCCUCCCUGCUCCCUCUAACUCUGAGAAUUAUUCUGCAAGGAAAGUAAACAUCUCGCAUAAACACACAGACUCAGGAGCCAGAUAAGGAGCCAUAGUUUUACACAUGUGUAGAUGUUGGAUGUGGACAUAGGCUGAUGAUUGAGGCUAUUAAUACCCGCUUUAGACACCCUUGUAUAAUGAUCAACCCGGCCUCUCCCUGUGUGUUCAUGCUGGUUUCCAGGAGACCAUUGAGUUGUGUUUAUGGCCGUCCCGAGGGAGAACACUGGUCCUGUUAGCAGAAGGAACGGCUGGUAUCUGAAACAUCCUGAAGUCUCCUGUAAUGUUUCACAGACACAAUGAAGCCUUCAGCAAGGCUGCCCUCUGCAGACUUCAUCCUGUUUCAGUCAGAAACGCCAUGACAACAUGUUAAGACACAACACAUCUCAUCCAUCAUCAAGCGUCAGAUUCUGCCCGUUUAUUACUGCUCGAUUAUGGCCGAUCAAGCUCUCCCUGCUCUCCUCUCUCCACCUGUAGCUGCCCGAUAGUUUGAACUGCUGUUGCGUAAUACAUAUUAAAGAUACAGCGGUCCAUCACGAAUCUUAGCAGGACCCUGUGUUCCUAAACUUUGUUUCAGGUUGAUCCGAGCUGCUCAUGACAGAGCGGUAAGAGGAGAGGGGCUGCAGUAGGGCUGGGCGAUAAACCGAAAAUUUACUGAUGCCAAAAUUUACGACAAUAACAAGCGUUAUUUUAAAAAGUUGGUUUUGGAUGUGUGUAGGUAGUAGGCCUGGGCUAUUUGGCCAAAAAAAAUGAUCACGAUAUAUUUUGUCAUGUCAUCAGAUCUUGAUUUUUAUCACGAUUUUUUUGUAUUUUAUUUAAACUACCAGUUUUAAAGCAUCUGUUCUAAAAAUUAAGCUCACAGCUGAUCACCAUGAUCGAACUGAAAUUUAUCACAAUCAUAUAAUCGCCCUGUCCUAGUAGGUAGGCUAUGGUCUCAUGUCUUUUUAAGACGCUGUCCUACGUCAGAAGCUUGACUCCACCCCAUCCAGUCGGUAACAAAGAGGGAAAGACAGGUGAGGAGAUGGAGGACGGUUCAAAAGUUGGAGCAGCUGAAGUAGACGAAGUUAAUGUUGGAAGGGGGUGAGCAGCCUGUGGAGUAGUUAUCGUCUAUUUAUCCUUAAUCGAGGUGAACUGAUCAAUAUAUCGUGAUAUUGAUUUGAGGCCAUAUCGUCCAGCCCUCGGCUUCAGCUUGAAGAAAUGGGAAAAAAAUGUUGCCCCAUGAAUUUGUUUAUCUUGAGCAAAUGCACCGAAAGACUGUAUUAGAUGAAAUGUGUCGGUACUUCGACACGCCCUUUUCUUAUGAAAUAGUUCUUUUCCUUUAGGCUGAGAUAAAAUGAGGAACUGCAAAACCCUCUGUAAGUAAAGAGUGAUCUUCCUCCAUUCCUUCCUCCCUUUUUUAAAUCAGAUUAUCUUAACUCAGAUUUGGAGAGGAUAAAAUAUAUAUGAGCUCAGUUUGUUUUCCCUCUAACCCUGCACAUCUCCAGCUGUACGGAUCGCAGCCACAUACUUCACCUUAAAGGUCAGCCUGUGAAAGUUUUCUUGGCUCGUCGCUCCGGCCUCCUGCUGCGGUCUCUGCAGGCGUUCAUCCAGAGACGAGAGGCCGGAGCCGGCAGGUGAUCUCUGUUGAUCAGAGCGUCUGCUCAUCCCCUGAUGAUCCACAAACUCCAGCCCGGAGCCUGGCAGGUCACAGGUCUGCUUUCGUAGGGUAAAAGAUCCGCUUUAAAGGGGCUUUUGGGUGUAAAAUAAAACCACUUUAUUAAUAGCAGUAGUGGCAUCACCGGAGUCUAAAUUUCCCAAGAGUCUUCAUGAAAUUCUUUGUCCUGGUUUGAUUAUUUAUCUUCUGUCCGUGGUUAUUUUUUUAAAAAACACAGAGAUGGCUUUGUGAAAAGAAAUAGAUGAGAAAUUUCAUGCUUCAGGAAAUCGUACUCAUGCGCCCAAAAAGACCGUUCAAGUCUGGUUAAUUGUGUAAUCGUUGUAAGGAACCUCAUUCAUAAAUCCACGGUUAAUCUCAGAAACCGUCCUCGACGCCGUGUCAGUCCUUUGAGAACAAGGCGGGCAGAUCACCCUGGUUAAGUGGAUCUGCGCUGAUCUGGUCAUGAUCUUUAACACAAUCACUUAAAGUAAAUUACAAUGACUAACAACAGUGAUUUACUCUCUCGUUCCUGCUGCUGCUGUCUCUGCUCACAACUACAUUUAGAGACACUUAGUGGAGGUUUGAUUGUGUAGAUAGUCAAAGUUUUACAGUUAACCCUGAGAGCUCCCUCCUACAUUUUGCUUCUUCUGGUCCCCCUGUUUCUUUUUUGUAAAAAUCCAUGUAGUGACUCUAUCCUCUCAGGCACAGCAAAUAUAUACACAUCUUUAUUUUCAGGACAACCUCAGCUGUCGUUGAGGACCAUUAUUUCUUAUUUUAGGGAACUUUCUUGUCUCUCGUUGAUCUUUGGUUGCCUCUUAUUGGACACUACCGUCAAGGGAACAAUAGAAGAAGAAUAUGAGAACAUGUAAUUCGUCAAGAGUUUGGCAGAAAAAGGUGUCAUCAAAACAGCUUGUCAAACCCAGAAGACAUUAGCGGCGUUUAGCGAUAGCGAUCUUUUUUUAUCACAACAACAUAAUAAAUAAUCAUGUUUUCACCGGUAUAUCACUGCAGAUUUACCAUCAACCGUCUUUGAUCAAACACCUGUUUUCGUGGCUGGAUUGUAAACCUUGUGGCAAGUGUAGAAAUGCCUGGAAACCCUCGAUAGAUCGCCAAAAGGUUCAGCUUUUGAACUCUUUUUAUCCCGUAGAGAUACGCGGUAUAGUUCCUGAGAAACUGUAAACAAUAUUAAUGGUGUCACGUGGGAUCGCCGGUGAUCCAGCUGAGUUCUAAGUGUUAACAUGGCAGGUAGGAUUUGCCUCAGAAACCUGCUCUGAGAUUUUGUCCUGAAACAUCCAGGAAUUUUUUUUUAGCUAAAUGAAUCAAACUUUUUUUUUUUUUUUACGGCAUUAGAAAAGGUCAGAGGAUUACCAAAGUCUGUGUAAUUCGACCUCUGGAGUCCAUAAAUCCAUCUUUUAGCGAUUGAGAAAGUUCGGUUUGGUUUAAAGUUGUCAACAGACUGAUUGAGAAACCAUCACAGGAGCUUUUUAAGGCCUUGAAAUGAGUUGGAAAAACCUGGAAAAGUCUUAGGAUGUGGCGUGUUUGUCACCGACGGGUCUUUAUAAGUUUUGGAAAACUAUUAAACCACCAUUGUUGUUGUUUUAUUCCUUUUUCCAGGCGGUCGUGUCUGCUCCUUCUCUCCGUGCAUCGAGCAGGUCCAGAGGACGUGUGAGGCUCUGGCGGAUCAGGGCUUCGAGGAGAUCAGCACCCUGGAGGUCCUGCUGAGAGUCCACGACGUGCGAACCGUCUCCCUCUCGCUGCCAGACUUCGGUCCGGACCCUUCCCCUCCGACUCAUCCGGACGGCUCAGAGAAAUCCGCCCCCACCUCGGGUCCAAACCAGACUGCUGUCUCCUUGAAGACCACCACCCCACCCAGAGAGAUCCCGGGUCACACAGGGUACCUCACCUUUGCUACCAAACCAAGAACCUAGAGCUUGUUCUCUUGAACAGGCCGCGGUUUAUAAUCCGCCUCGCUCCAGUGUAUUUUCCGUGUAUAUUAAUAAGACUCUGAUAAUCCGGCGAGGGUACCAGGUUCCUCCAGGUCCCAGUUGGCACCGCGGCACCAAGAGGAUUUACAGUUUUGCGUUACAUAAUUGAAAAGCUCCGGUCUCUUGGCACUGGUUUGUUGUUUGCAUCAAGCAACAGUAAAAAUCAUCCAAGGAGAGUUUAUUUUACAGCUCCUGAUGAGUUUCCUCCUGUUGUUAUAGAAAUUUAAUUUUAAUCAGUGCUUCAGUUUGAGGAGGAAAAUGUUUCUUUUAUUAUAUUUUGCACUUUUGUAUUCGAGUCAAUACAAUAAACGUGUGAAAAUAUCCUUA